GCUCUUUUUCCAAUCAUUCCUAGUAACUCGUUUCUCUUCACGAUGACAGGAGUUUGCUCCAGAUUUGCAUUGCUUUGGAUUAUCUUGGCCAUAUUCGCAUCACAUGCCAAGAGUCAUGCCGCCUAUUCCGAUCUGGUUGAGAGCGAUGCUCACCUAUCAAUUGACAACUUAAGAGACGAUCAUUUCUUGUACAAACGAUCCCCCUGGCGCCAAACCCAAACCACCUCCUAUACCAGUCAUCAUAGCCAACCCUCACAAUCGUAUCGACAACCCUCGCACUCCCACCAUCAUCCCCAACCUGUUCAUCAUCGGACUCCGAGAUCUCGCGGAUAUCAACGCUCCUCUCGACGUCGAUCUAGAGGAGGUGGUCGUCGUCGAGGAGGCGGACGUCGCCGAGGAGGUGGAGGUGGUUUGGGCCGGAUUAUUUUGCCAGCCUUAGCCUUGGGAGGGGCGGCAGCCUUGGGCAGUGCUCUCUUCAGUACUGUAGCCACCGUCGGCUAAAUCUUCAUGCAAGCAUUUUUCACCAUGUGAUCAAUCACCUUUAAGACUACGCUGAUCUGCAUAAUAAAACCUGAUGGGGGGGAAUGCCCCAUGAUCCCCAGGAA